UGUAUUCAGAGUAGGAUAAAUUCUCCGGGUUGUGUUUAAAACAGGAGAAGAUAAUCCUAUACCAUGUCAAGAGUCCAGAGUGUUGAUACUGUCGUCCAACUCUCUGUAUCGUGCAAACAUUUAUCAGGAGCAAACAUUCCUAUAGGGCUUCAAAAACUUAGGAAACUUCGUCAUUUGGAUAGAUUUUCCCAUUCUGAUCCUAUGUGUGUUCUCUAUAGAAAGUGUGGUAUCCGAGGUACCUGGAGCGAGGUAGGACGAACUGAAGUGAUCAAGAACUGCGGAGAUCCACAGUGGACCACGUCCUUCACUCUUCAGUACAAUUUUCAUGAAAAACAGGAUUUGAGGUUUGCUGUUUAUGAUAUAGACAGUGAAUCCGGUUUCCUGGAAGAUCAUGAGAACCUGGGAACUGCAGAAUGUGCUCUAGCUCAGAUACUCUCAGCUGACCGGCUCAAGAUUGAACUGAAUCUAUCUCCCUACCGAACCCACCCAGGUGACUGUGGUGUGCUAACCGUAAUAGCUGCUGAGCUCUCAGAUGGAACUAGAGACAGAGUAACUCUAGGUUUAUAGAUCUGAGUGGAUUAGGAAUACCGCGAACCCUGACUGGAAGCCUGUAACCCUGGAUGCUGCUAAGUUGUGUGGAGGAGACUGGAACAGACCUUUGAGGAUAGAGGUGUAUAACUGGGAUGCCGACGGAGGUCAUGAUUUUAUUGGAGACUGUACAACAAACCUAGACGAACUGUCAGAGGGAGAAGGUUUCCAGAUUGUACAGUAUGAUCUAGUAAACAAGAAGAAGGUUGAGAAGAAGAGAGGAUAUGUUAAUUCUGGACAGAUCGUGCUAAAAACCGUGUCUAUUGAACAGGAUUCCACUUUCCUGGAUUAUAUCCGAGGUGGAGUAAGAUUGAACCUAGUGGUUGGAGUUGAUAUGACAAGUAGUAACGGAGAUCCGAACUCAACCCAUUCACUUCAUUCAAUUGACAAAAGAACAGGAGAGAAUGCGUAUACCGCCGCUAUCAGGACAGUUGCUGAGAUACUUCAGGAUUACGACUAUGAUAAGAAACUCCUGGGUUUGGGGUUCGGAGCUAAUAUAGGUGGAGUCGUCUCUCACUGCUUCCCGCUGAAUGGGAACUCCAGGAGUCCUUAUUGCAGAGGAGUAGAAGAUCUUAUUGAUAAUUAUAAAAUCACACUUAAACAAGUGAAAUUGUCAGAGCCAACCCGCUACAGUGAUCUAUUCCAGUAUACAGUUGAUCAGUUCUGCAGUGAGGAAGAGGUGGAUGAGUAUACAAUAGUCCUGCUAAUAACUGAUGGUGGAGUUACUGAUUUUGAUGAAACUAAGGAGGUUCUAGUGAACAGUAGCAAUCUACCACUCUCUGUAGUUCUGGUAGGAGUAGGAGAUGGAGAUAUGGGAGCAUUAACAGACCUGGACUCUGACCGAGCACGUCUCUGUGCAGGACGGAAACAGGCGGAGCGAGAUAUUGUGCAAUUUGUGCACAUGAAGAAGUUCCUGCCUAGCGGUCAACUUGAACCUCGUAGCUAUCACCAGGUUCUUGACCCUGCAGAAGCCAGACAUAAGCUGGCUAGAGCAGUUCUUGCUGAAAUACCUAGACAGGUGACCGAAUAUUACAAAAAAGCUGGCAUUUCACCCAAACUACCCGACGUUCCUUUCGACCUGUCAGAGGACUUUGACCGGAGAUUUAACCUCGCCAACUGAUCUGGAUAGUGUUCAUCACCGGAGGCUGAUUGCAUCUCAUUAAUCAGAGAUUUCAGACUUUCGUCUCAUUUCAACCUUUACAUCAUCUUUUCAUUAUCUUGCUAGGAAAGUCCAUUCAUUAUUUACCAUUUCUAAUUAACCAUUUCUAAGGUCGGAAUUUUUGGGUGGAGCAAUGUUGAUUUUGAACGCUUGAUAUUUACAUCCGAUGAGAGCACUUUUAAAUUUGAGGAGCUUAAAGUAAUCCCAGUAGGGUAUGAAAACCAAGAUAUAUCGAGGAUGAAACAAAAGAUUUAAAUUAAUGCUUAAUGGUUGAUCCUGAGAUUCAAACCACAAAUGUUCUGACUUCAAGUCAGAUUUUUACUCAACAAAGUUUUUUAAAACUUACAAAACCUAAAUUAUUUAUAAACUUGGAAAGCUAACUUUAGGGAAACCACUUGGUACAUACAGAACGUCAAAUAUAAUAUUAGAUUAUCUCAUUUUAACGCCAAAAUACGUAUAGAGAACUAACGAACCUUGCAUUUUCUGCCUGCAAACUUUUACAUAAGCAAUGCACUAUUUAAAAAAAUGAAUCAAUCUAGAAAUCUUCUGUUUGUCCCAAAAAUUCCAAUAUGUCAUUAUCCAAUAUGAGUUGGGACACCCUCUAACCAAACAGGGAAGGAGAAUGUUUUGCGCGCGUUAGUUUCAUUUUUGCAUAAUAAAUGCCGAUUCACGUAAAAUACUGAUUUGGAUUUUUGACGAGACUAAUUCAAUAAAUUUUGAAUAUGAGUCUACAGAACACUCCAUUUAGCAUCCAAAUCCAAGCAUAAAUACACCCAAGUCGCUAUGAUUUUAUUUUUAAUAUUACUUAAUCAAUAUUCUUUAAAUGUUGAAUUUUUUUUUUCCUAAAAUGUUUUUUAUUAAAAAUGUGCAAGUAAAUGUAAAAAACUAUCAUUUCUUUUUAAAAGAUAAAACAUUUGACAAUGAACUUUUACAUGUUUUGAAGCCUUCUUUCUAUUUUCUUAUUAAAAUUUCCUUUAAUAGUUGCCAGAUAUUACCGAGUUUUCCUUAGAAUUUUCUGAAGUAGAAAAAUACCUUUCAAGUGGCUAUACAAUAUACAAUAUACAAUAUACAAUAUACAAUAUACAAUAUACAAUAUACAAUAUACAAUAUACAAUAUACAAUAUACAAUAUACAAUAUACAAUAUACAUACGAUAGAAAUUAGAUGUCGACAGUAUUUGAAAGAUAUAUAUAAAAAAAAAUUUCGACGAAAAUUUCUGAAUAUUAAACUUGCAAAAACCUUUUUAAAAACCGUGUUAAAAUUUUAAGUUAAUUAUUUUAGAUUUUUGUUGUAUACAGUGAAAUGAUUUGAUUGUAACAAUUCUAAAUAAUGUGCUAAAACAAAGAAAUAAUGUUGUGCAGAAAACUGUGUUCUACCCUCGUAAAUAUAUUCUGCAACAAACCCGCAAAUUGUAUUUGCAAACAUUUCGCGGAAUAACUUUCCCCUUCUUUCUAAUUCCUUCAAGAAUAUACAAAUAUUGAUGGAUUUUAUUAAAUUUCUUUGUAAUUUAUGAUUAUGUAUGUACAGGGUUACCCACAAAGAAUGAGACUUCAGAGACGACUGUACGGUAUUUAAACCGUCUAUUCAUAAUUCCCUGCAACUGUGAACUGGUUGCCAAAUAAUUAAAUAAACCAUGAAAAAGACUAUAUUUAGGUGAGAAGAAUUAUUUUAACCUUAGAAUUAAGAGUUUCAUGUCGUCUUGACAGUAUCAUCCUUAGUGGGUUACCUUAAAUGUGUUUACUUUUACAUUUAAAUGUCUUUUUAUAAUACAAAUUAUAUAUAAAUAUAAAAAUGGAAUCAUGAAAUAAACUCGAUAUUUACAUCAACAGGAA